UUUGAGGAUGUCACGGCAAUCAUUUUCUGUGUCGCACUGAGUGGGUAUGACCAGGUACUUCAUGAAGACGAAACCACGAACCGCAUGCACGAGUCCUUAAUGCUCUUCGACUCCAUCUGUAACAACAAAUUCUUCAUUGAUACCUCCAUCAUUCUCUUCCUCAACAAGAAAGAUCUGUUUGGUGAGAAGAUCAAAAAAUCACCUCUGACCAUCUGCUUCCCUGAAUACACAGGGCCUAAUACGUAUGAAGAUGCAGCAGCGUAUAUCCAAGCACAAUUUGAAAGCAAAAACCGUUCGCCGAACAAGGAGAUUUAUUGUCACAUGACCUGUGCAACAGACACAAACAACAUCCAGGUCGUAUUCGAUGCCGUCACCGACAUCAUCAUUGCCAAUAACCUACGAGGCUGCGGCUUAUACUGACCCCCCCCCCUCCUUUCUCCCUCCCAUCCUGUAUAGCAAGCAGCAUAUUUGGAAACAAUCACAGCGAGAGGAUAAAAUAUAAUAAAAUAUUUGAAAAAAAAAAAGGCAAAACAAAGUACGAGUCUCUCACACACACACACACGUACGAACACACACAUACACAGUAAAAAUGAACCAUGCAAGUUGGUAAAUAAAAAGGCAUAACAAAUAUACAGACAGACGCACACAUACACUUUUUUUUUUUAAGUUUGCCUCAAAGGGUUCCAAGGUCCCUAUCAAGAACUUAGUUCUUCUUUCCUGUUUAAGUAACUUAAUGGCAGAUAAUUCAGCCCUUUUUUUUUUCCUUCAGGAAAUACAGAGGAAAAAUAAUAAUAAUAAUGAUAAUAACCAAGUGAUAAACCAAGAACCACUUAAUUUUUCUAAAAUGUCUAGCCGCAUCUUUAAAGAAUGUACUAUCCUGCAAGUUUAAAAAGGAAUCAGUUUUCUUUAGCAAAAAAAAAAAAAAAAGUAAAAAUAAAAAGUAGCAAUGUUAUUUUUUUAAGUCAUUUAUGCAUAGGGUGCUUUAGGAAAGGCUUUUUUUUUCCUUAGUUCUAAAGGAUUUUUAAAGAUACCACUAUCUAUGGAAAUGUGUCUUCAAGGUACGCUACAACAAGAGUUCCCAGUUUGUUGGUUCCAUCAGCUUUUGAAGGGUUAAAAGCAAAUGAAGGCAAAGCAAUUGAAAAAAUGUGCACGAAACACGGACUUCCCCUUCUUCCCUCCAUAAAGAGACCACCAGACAGCCCACCCCCUACUCCUAUCCCUACCCCUAGCCUAACCUGUUAGGGAUCCCUUCUUUGUGGAAUGCAGUUUCUUCCCAAGCUAAAUUGAUAAUUUGGUGCUUAGUUUCUGUUUCCUGUUUUGGUUAACAUCCACACAGGAGACCAAGAAAGAGAGGAGUUCCAUCAAUGGUUUGAAAGUUGGAGCUAAAACAUUGGCCUUUAAAGCGAGGAGAAGACAUUUGCCCUUGGAUGUCAGGGCCAAGUUCUUAUCAAGGAGAAAUGCAUCACAAAGUUAGUGUGCAAUUUAUUCUUUGGUUCUACUUCUGGGAGGGGUUCUUUUUAGUGCUUCUCCUAGGGUCUCCCCUCCAUGCACACAACCUAGCAUUUGUGUUCAGGCCCAAACCAUCUUUUAACUCCGUCUGUCUCUCUAGAAUAGACUUUCUGCUCCCAUCCUUCAGCCCCAGGAUGACCCAGGCUUUUUUCGUUACCUUGAUGUCCUUCCUUGUUGGCAUCACGGGUAGGAGUUUUGUGAGAUGCUGUGAAACAGGGCUUUACCCAACUCUUGAUAUUCAGGAGGCCCAACAAGCCAACCCCAAAAAAGCCAUUAAAAAGAGAACAAGAGAGAAGUCAAAGAUUUGCUUGCCCUGCAUGCUGGGGAAGAUCAGAAGGAUUGCUCAUGCCCUUUCUGCACGCACACACAAACAACACCCAAGCACACAUUCAUAUAUGCAUCCCUUUGCUCAUUCACUCUCUCCACAUACACACAGACAUAAACACAGCAAUGUUGUGAACCAAUUCUAAGGAAGGCACCGUCCCUUGGAGCUGGUUGUGAUGGCCCGAUCAGAGCCUUGAUGGUUACAAGGGGCAACCUUGUUUUGCUUUGGUGAACAAGCUAUUUGGAAACAGCCAGGGGAGCUUCAGACUUGCCUGCCUUGUAACAGUCAGUUUGCAUGUAUGCAGAAUACAGCAAAAGACCCAGAAGUUAUGGGACUCUUGGUCUUGCCUCCCAAUCCCCCCCCCCAUCAUAACAGGUGCUGUUUUUUGUCCACGGGGCAUGGGGAAAGGGAGGCACAAUGACCAACACAUCUCCCUCAUCCUGGCGGUUAACUGGAAAGUUGAUAGUGAUAUGUUUAGAUGCACUAAGAUGGCCAGGGAACACCAGUGGAAAAUACCCAGGUUUAGUUUCAUAGUCAGAUCAUUGCUAUACAUAUUUGCAACUCCCCCCCACCCCAUGAAAUUCCUCCCGAAUGCUCUUGUGUACAACAAUCACAUUAGGAGAGGCCAACAGGACAGGCCAACAAAACGGGGUACAUUUUCCUUUUGGGUUUAAUAAUGAUUGUUCUGCUUUGUCUCAUUUACUCUCUGGUUUUUGUAUUUAAUUUAUAAAAAAGCACAGCUGUCACUGGUCUAAAGGGGCCAAAAUUAUCUCUGUGAUCUUGUUCUGAUGUUUUUUCUGCUCUGAGGGACACUCUGUAUCAUAUACCCAUUUUCAGUCUCUUUUUGAAAUGGGUUAAAUUGGGUUGGGAGGAAUUGUUUGUUCUUCCACCCCCUGAAUUUGAUUUCAUUUUAUUUUUUAAAGUUUCCAUACUCCCUGUGAGCCCAUUUCUUCAUCAUGCUUUUGGUUCCCUUCACCUCUUCCGAUGUUUGGUGGUAGUAUUCCUUAACUGUUUUCUCUCUCUGUCUCUCUCUCUCUCUCUCUCAUGUGGGGGUGUUCAUGCUGCAAAAACAAACAAAAAAAGA